CACGCGGUGCGUUAGCGGAACAGUAGGACGGUGUGAGCUCACCUGUCAGGUUUGAACAGGUCAGCGUGCCCGCGGACCACGCCCCUGCUGCUCAGGUAAGCAGGAAGUGGCUGCCUGUCAGCGCCGUAAUGCGGGACCGACUCAAAAUGCGACUUUGAUACGCGACAUCUGGCCUUUAUUACGUUUAUUUUUUCGGGUGGGAAACUCAUUUGAGAGAUUAUUCCGGACGUGUUUUGGAAGUAAGGAGGAUUCAAGCGAUCAUGCGGCUCGCCACCUGCGCGCCGCUCGGACUUUUGUUGUUGAUUAUCCUCGACUCAUCAGUUGUGGACAAAGUGGUGAACCUCGCCCCAUCCUUGCUGGUGAAUGACUGAGCAUGUUUGGGGAGGCUCCUUUUAUGGUACCCACCUGUUCCCAAUGAGCCUGAUCACAUGUGGGAUGUUCCAAAUAGAAUGCAUGCAGCUGACGGCGCGGCCCGACAAAGGCUCAUCAGUGACGGUGUCAGUUGGCCGACCCUCGGACCAGUGUACAGUGUGUACUGUCAGUGGGGUCAACGACACGCAAACGUCGUGCCAGUCCAUUCUUACUUUGGAGCCUGAGAAGGAAGUCAAACUACUCUUCAAUUGCUCCCAUCCCGUAGAAAAGUCUUACCUGGUCACUAUCAGUCAGUCCAUCGAAUGCACAAAAGACACCUGCAGCCCUUCGACCAUCGAAACUCAACCCUCCCUUCUCAACGAGUUCUCCAGAACAUUCAUUUGGACGAUCAAGGCUCCCGAAAAGACAGUUGUGGGUCUGGACGUCCUCGGAGAGGGACUGCGGAAAACGUCACAGCCGUGCAGUGAUGGAUAUCAGUAUUCAGUGGCCGCGUUUGAAGGGGGCAGCAAAGCAGACACUCUGUACUGCAAAGCCGGUUCAGUGACCCAUUUAGACCUGCUUGAUCAAGCUGUCGUGUCUCUGCAAGUUAAACCCAAGACGCAGGUGGAGUCUGUGGUCUUCCAGGCUUCUGCUGGACCUCUAAAGGGCCGAACGGUGGUCGUGACCGUCGAUUCCAGCACGACUUUGUCGAUCAGCAAGUUCUCGCAGGAAUCGGAGUGCGAGCUGUGUUCCGGUGUCGAUUCAGCUCGCACCUGCAGCCAGAGCGGGAAGACCCUGACUGACGUGCAAAGUCUGGCGCUUGACUUCAGCUGUCUAAAGCCUCAAGAGGUGUACAGUGUGGAGGUGGAGAAGGCAAUAGAAUGUACCAAGGACUCAUGCACACCUACUGCAGGAGAAACUGAUCCAAACCUCUGGAAGGACUUCAAAAGAACCCUGAAAUGGGACAUCAGUGUCCCAGAGAGGACCAUCCUGACUUUGGAACUGCCUAGCGACAGCUUGAAGCAGGUAUCGGCGGAAGACAAAUGUCAAGAGGGCCCACAGUACUCUGUGAGCACAACCAGAAACGACGGUCAGAUCAAGACCAACAUCUACUGCAGAGGUGGACCCAUGUCCAAAUUGGAUCUCAUUGGGAGGACUUCCUUGACCGUUGACGUGCCCCAAGGAGAAGAAAUGGACAGGACCAUUUUCACUGCCAGAGCAAGACCCAGAGCUGGCAGAAUGCUGUCAGUGACCCCUGACCCGGAAACCAUCAUUAUUCUCAGCAGAGACACAGUCGAACCCGACUGCAGCGUGUGUUUGGGCGUACCGCCGGAUCAGAAAUGUGAUCCAAAAAGCCUCAUCUUGAGAGAAUCUCGUAACACGUCUGUGGAUUUCACUUGUCCUCAACCUGAGGAGGUCUUCAAAGUGGAGAUCAACAGAGAAAUCGAUUGCACAGCGACUUCCUGCUCUGGUGAUAUCGUCCAAGCCGAGUCCUCGCUCUUCCCCGACUUCAACCGGACUUUCACCUGGGACCUGAAAGUCAGUUCCACUCGAGCUUUCCAACUGGACUUCCCUGAGCCAGGAAUGAAGCAGAUUUCGAACGGAGAUACGUGUCCAGAUGAGCACACCUAUGUUCUCGUUACCUACCUGCGAACUGGCCCCGCCAACAUCGGAACCUUCUGCAAGGGCGGUUCUGUGACCAGUGUCCAGGUGCGCUACAAGGGCCGCGUCUCUCUACAAGUGCCAGGAAACAGAAAGAUGGAUGCCGUAGACUACAAACUCAGUGUUGGGCCUGAGACCAGCAUGGUGGCCAUUGUGAAAGUCAAGCUUCCACGUGGCGUCUCUGACACGACCUUCAUCGCUGCCAAUUACCCUAAUGAUUUCCCUGACAACCAGCAGAUGCAGUGGGACUUUGCUGUGCCCGGAAUGCACAACUACAGCGUGCAUUUUCAUGAUCACAUGGCGCCAGAGUGCCUCAGCAAGGAUGUGGAAGUAGAGUACAGAAAACAGGACAAAAAGAUCAGAGCGGGUCUGACGGACAAACAGCCAGAGCAUCAACAAGGAAACUUCGGAAUGGUGUUGAAGAACUGUGAAACCAACAGGACUUUGCAAGGACUCACUUUGAAAUUCAGCGUGUCCACUAUGAGAAGUGGACAUCCAGUUUUGUGCACAGUCGACCUGAGCAAACAGCAAAAAGUGUCCCUGAAAAUUGAGAAAGUGGGUGCCGAUCCCUACUGCGAGAUGAAAGUAAAUUCACAGCUUUCAAACAAGAUAAACGUGGCUGCUGGUAGUCAAGCCCAGCUUUCCUUCCUAGACUGUCCCAAUGAAGAUGUGCGAUUGACAGCAAGUGAAGUUAUUGAGUGUCAGAGUGCGGCUCCCUGCUCUGAGACCCUCCUCACCGUCCCCACGUUGGAUUCCUGUUUACGGAUGCCUCUCCACAGCUUUACCUGGCACCUCACCAUCCCUCAGGAUAGGACCAUCGAUCUGGUGUCGCCGUCAGGGAGUCUGCAACAGUCGGUACCCGGCCAGGAGUGUAAGGAUCCCGUCUCCCUGCACGUUGAGGAGAGCGAAGGCUUCUCCGUGGGAGACUUUUGCUCGAACGGAAUUAUCCAGAAAGUUCAAGUGCACGCUAACAUCUCCAUCACGGCGACCACCCGGGACUUUAGCAAGACCAAAGGGCCUUUUCUCAACGUGACCUUCAGCAAAGAGAUCCCAGAGACCAUCAUUUAUCAAGUCAGCCCUCAUACGAGCACUCCAACAAUGCUGGCCACCCCCAACUGGCCCAAAGGAAUGAGGCCUUCGUCCACCGUGUCCUGGAUCGUCUCUUUGCCGAGCCAGUACCAGGCGGGGGUCCAGUUCGUCAACGUCAGCCAACCCAAAUGCAACGACAGACACACGGCCAUCAAGGUGAAGAUGUUGGACUCCGAGGAGGAGCUCCUGAGCCGGCGGGAGGAUGAGAAAAUGGACGACAAGCUCCUGGUGCCUCGCAGCUUCUACCUCAACAUGUCCAACUGCAUACCAGAAGAUGGAAAUUUUGGCGCAGUCACCAAAAUCGUUUUAGAGCAGAAGAACAAUCUCUUGGCUAUCCUUCUCGGCAUAGCGGGGGCACUUCUUCUUCUACUCAUCAUCUCGGCGGUAAUCUGCUUCUUUGUCAAGAAAAAGAAAAAAGAUCGCAUGAACAAGGAGGCGUCCAUCUACAUGGGCAGAGGGAAUAUUUUCCGUCCCGGUGAAAGACAAUUCAGCAAAGCGCGGUCCGACAACGAGUCGCACGUAUACGCCUCUAUUGAUGACACGAUGGUGUACGGUCACCUACUGGGAGACACCAGCUACGCGGACAGCAUGCAAGAGCAUUUCAAAGGAAUGCAGUUGGACUCCUACCACACCUUCACAGGGCCCUCGGAGCUGCCCGUCAUCAACGAACCGGAGCCGGAACCCGAGGUGGACCACUUCAACACGUUCUUAGACCCGUCCGAGUCGUUCCUCCCGCCUCGUCCGCGCACGCCGAUCGACCGGCAGGAUAGCCUGGGAUUUCAAGAUCGCAGAAUGGUAGACAAUGAACUGUACACGUUCAGAAACACGGGGGAGAUGAACACUUUCCGCCUGUCGGGUGCCGACAUGGAACCGGAACCGCCUCCGUUGGAGGAGUUCUUGUAGGACGGGAUCUCUAUGGAAAUGAUGUGCCUCAGCCUCACUCAGGAACUUGAUACAAAGGAAAGAAGCUGUGUCAACUGCUGAGUGGCUGCUACAGCAAUCCAGGUUUGCGUCGUUUAUUACCAGCGGUAUGUAGUAACACGUUAUUUACUUUUACAUUUAUUUGAGUCACUUUUAUUAGACAAAUGUACUAUUAACUCAUUCACUCCUAGCCAUUUUCACCGGUGCAACCCCCUUCGCUCCGGGCCGUUUUACUGGAUUUUGACUGAUUUUGCAAGGCCCACAGAAAAUUAUGUUCUAUUGCCAUAUAAGCAUGGAACCCACUAAAAGAAUGAUUACUCUCUUCUUUCAGCAGGAAAAAAAAUAUCUUUUUCCAUUCUUUAGAAAUCUGUGUUAGAAAAUAGCUUAGUUUGAUGAAAAAACUGAUAAAUUGAGCUUUUUGUGAAAGCAUACAUUUCAAACAUUGACUUUCACACAGCUAUUUUUGCUUUAGUUACAUCCCAAACAUCUGAAUAAUUUUUUCCUCUUACAAAAUAACAUAACAAGACAAAUAGAGCUUUUGAUAGCAAAGUAACAAUUUAUUUACUCAUAACUAACUGAGAGAUGACGCUGUUGUGGCCUCGACAGUUGGGGUAAACUUUUCCCUCAUCGCUACCUGUCUCAUAAAGAUGGAUUUUUUUUAGUCUUUCUUUUGUGGUGACCACUGCGUCGUGGCAGAGUUCUCCUGGGCAACUUGUGUUCCUGGGGAGGAACUGAUUUGGCAUCGUCCGCUGCACUAGUGGUCCCGGUCGUUCUGCUCGGUCGUCCAGCGCCUGGCAUCCCGGGCGUCCUCCCGGUUGUUCUGCUCGGUCGUCCACCGCCUGGCAUCCUGGACAUCCAUUCGGUCAUCUUUCGCCGGCGCCCCUGCCGUUCUUUCCGUUGAAUCGGGUUGCGGGUCUUGCCAAAUGCGCUACUGCCCUCCAGUGGCCAGUUUUAUUGCUUUAAAAUGGAUUUUCAGCUUUGUGCUUUGGAGCUAAGUUGACUCAGAACCCAGAGAUGUUUCUUGUGGAAAAAAACAAACAUAAAAGACGUAUAAAUACAGCUUUAGGACACUGAAACAAUUAAAAAUAGAACAUAUUUAUACGUUUUUGAGAGCAAAUGAGUUAAGACUAGUUUUACGAAGCCAUACUUUUUACUUUGACUUGAGUAGACUUUUUUUUUUUUUUUUUGCCAGAGACUCCAGCAGUGGCUCAACAAUUUUCACCAAUGAUAUGUUGCAAUCAUAAUCACAUGACUCCAUUAUACCAAUCGGGACUCAUGCUUGCCGAUCUAUGAUCACGCCGGCCUGUUCAAUCACGUGGCGUCUUUAAAGCACCGUAAAAAUGAAGUAUUUGACAUGGAGCGCCGCCGUCAACAUGACUCGAAAGCAUGGAUUUUAAUCUCUGUUUUUAUUUGGCACCGAUUGACCGAUUUAUUCAUUUUUUUCUUAAUGCAUUGCCAAAAUGUAUAUGAUUGGGAAAAAUUAUCGGGAAUGAUUGGAAUUGAAUCGAGAGCAAAAAAAAAGCAAUCGGAUCGGGAAAUAUCGGGAUCGUCAGAUACUCAAACUAAAACGAUCGGGAUCGGAUCGGGAGCAAAAAAAAAAAAGAUUGGAACAACCCUACUUUUAAUACCGUUAAUAAUGGAAUACUAAAUUCAAUGCUUUUUUAAUACUUUUAAUAACCCGCGGGUACCAUGUUCAUUGCUUUACAACUUUUAUCGACGAUGUUUUACCGGAAAACUCUUAAUUUUAAAAUCAUAUAUAGGAAAGUCAAUUUCAUGCAAUGGUACUUUUCGGCCACCUGGGGGAGCAUGCCCUCCUGGCCCCCUUUGAACUCUGCGUAUGAGAAAGCUUGAACCUCUUUUAGGUCAGCACAGUGGCUACGUGGUUAGCACAUCUUCACCGAUAUGAGGUUUGUGGUUUGAAUUCUUGUGAUUUUUGUGUGGAGUUUGGAUGUCGGCCUGUGUAGUUGCUGUCCAAAACUAGCGUGUGUGUGAGUGCUCGACUCAGCCAAGCGUCCUGGAUGAAUUUCCAACUUUUGGAAGAAGCAGGUUAAAGAUUCUCGCCCCUCAUGUGGAAACAAAUGCAGAAUUUCUUCAAACUCGAGAUGCACUUUUACAGUUUAUUUAGUUUGUUCAGAGGUUACAUCAGGUUAGACGUUAGCUGAACUUCGAACAUCUGGAAAUUAGCAAAACAAGAAUAUUCUUCAGGCUCAAUGUGAGACUUGUCAGUGAAAAAACAGAAUGCAGCAUAAAACAGGCACCUUAUGAACUUUAGACACACUUUAGGAAUUUCAUUAGGUUACAUAAAUUUAGUUCUUACACCCACAUUACAUUUUGUAGGUUUACACAAUGUGAGUUUCUUACUAGUGGUAUUAUUUUGAAAUGACAAUGGAUGUAGCUAUCAUUUUUUAUUUUUUCAAGAAUGCAAUUCUUCUGGUUUUUGUUUUAAACACAAAAGGAUGGAAUUUAUGGCUAUGCAGCUGACUCCAAAGAUCAAAUUCAGAACGGGCCCAAUUGCUAAACCAGGCGUCUUUACAAUAAUAAAGUGGCAUUGCAGCAGAAGUACACAGAAAGCAGCCAUUUGCAUACACGUGAUCACACAACAUUGAACUGGCAGACCGAGGCCUUCUCGUCACGGCAGUUCUCAUCCGACCAUUUCCCUUGGCCGGCCACCGCCAGCACGGCGCAGUUCUGGGAGCGGCCUCCGUCCGGCUGCCGGGCGCGGCUGUUGGACGUGUCCCAGUUCUUGAACUGGAUUCCGCCGCCGGUCUGGUCCGCCCAAGUGUCCUCGGUCACCAUGUCGUUGAUGCCAAGCCACACUUGCUCGUCCCUGCCCACGCUGAGGCGGAGGUAGUCUUUCAACAGGUCGUUCUCGUCGGCCGAGGUCGGGACGCCCAGGACGCCGCCUAGGGCGUUGCAGUCCUCGCUGGCCGUGUGGUACGACUUCUUCGCCGAGUCGGCCAAGAAACACUUGCCGUUGAAUUUUGUGCCUUUUAAACACACUGGAGAUAUAGGAUCAAGAUUAGAUUG